GAUCUUCCAACUCUCGCAUCAUUUCUCGCCGUAGACACUGACUAUCUCCUAGAUCCUCUGUUUUCAUUUUCCACACGUGAAGUGGAAUACAGACGACGAUCAUGAACUUCUCGAAGGCGGAUUUUAAGUCCAAUAUGGUGCAUGGCAUAGUCCUGCUUGCUUGCAUUUACAGCACAUGCCUAGUGCUGGUACAGAGGGUCGAGGCUGCCGAUCCCGAUCCUCUGGUUGACUUUUCACCAAACGCAACCACACCAGUCUUCCGCAACAUCUUUGUCAACGGAGAUGUAUCUAUUGGAUCUGGAGGAGUUCGAGCAGCUCUCGACAUCGGAAGGUUCCCAGGCCUUACGUCCGAGGGUCUGACCGUUGUUCAGUUCAAGAUGGUACCGUGUGGAGAGAAUCUACCACACACCCACCCGCGUGCUACAGAGCUCCUUUCCUUGAUCAGUGGUGGUCCACUUCAGGCUGGUUUCGUCGACACCACAGGAAAUGCUCAGAUCCACAUUCUGUACCCGGGAGAUCUCAUCGUCUUUCCUCGUGGUUUGUUACAUUUUGAGUUGAAUGUUGGUACAGAAACAGCUUUCUACGUCUCUGCUCUGAAUAGCCAAAAUCCGGGCACUUUGGAUGCUGCUGGAGCGGUUUUGCAAUUACCUGAGCGCGCAGCGGCUGUAGCUUUCAAUCAAGAUAUAAAAACAGUUGCAGCCCUGAAAUCGCAGAGAUCUUAUAACGAGCCCCCGACUCUGGAGGCUGCCAAGCCUGGAGUGUGUGUUCCUGGCCAGUUGAUUUCCACCACUGUCUGAGAAGAUGUUGAAUGUGUGCUGAUCCGAACCAAGGAAGCUGGUUUUCACUUUUCAGUACGUUCGGCUUAUAUGCACGUUCACAUGGAUGCAGUGUUCAAUGCCUGAAUGCCAGCGAAUAUAAGAGGAUUGAAGUGAGAGAAAGAUUUAUGUUCGAGAGAAAUUAGUUUUAGAGGAGUACUUGCAGCUGAGAGGGAUGUGUGAGCUUGUAUAAUGUAAAUUCUGUUAUACCGGUAAUCAUUAUGAAAGAAAGAAUGAAGAAU